CAAUAGUGCCGCUAACACUGCUGUGCUCAGUGUAGGAACUGGUGGGACUUGUGGACAAGCACAGAAAACAAUACGGUCCUCAUUGCUUUUUCUUAGAGGGAGAGUCACUGUGGCAUGCCAGUCUUCAGGUAUGACUGUUUUAUUCUCCAUUGAGGUUUUCGAACAUGGGGGACAGGGAGUGGUACAUGGGUGAAUUAUGGGGAAUUACAAUGCAGUAUUUGUCUUUCUAGCUCAGGAGGAAUGGCUGAUGGAAUUUCCCUUGAUUUUCGUGACGUAGAGCUUUGCACUGAUUAUGGGAACCUUGCUUUUGCUCUCUCUAUCCCUGUCUCUCUCUCUCUGAGACCAAUCGUGUUCAUAUCAUUCUUCUGUCUGCAGCUGGAUAUAUUGUCCUUCCCCUGUGUUAAUAUGACAAUGAAAAUGUUUUCCAUGAUGAUCGUUUUACAAAUAUUUGUUCAUGUGUGGAUGGUUCAAUUAGCAGAGUCUCGGGCCAGCGGUGUAGUAGAAGUCAUCGCAACCCUAGGACAGCCUGUGCUCCUAAGCUGUAACUGGGGCAAGGCCCUCGAGCCCAACAACAUCCGGGUCUAUUGGCAAGGACCAGGAGCAGGACGCGGGGAAAAGAACGUGAUGGUUGUGCAUGCCUACAACAAAGGAAAGGAGGAGUUCACCGAGCAAGACAGUCGCUACAGAAACAGGACUAGUAUGAACAGAGACCUCAUAAGCCAAGGAAAUCUCUCCCUGCUAAUCAAAGAUAUCAAAGCUAUAGAUGACAACACUCAGCUUAUCGCCCACGUUCAGGAAGGUUCUGCAAAUACACAAGACAUCUGCAACAGGAUGCUGCGUGUCACUGCUGAGUUCCAGAAGCCAGAAGUGAACGUGUCCUGUGUGGAGGGUAGAGAGGAGCUGAAGAUAGACUGCAAGUCACAUGGCGGCUUCCCUAAACCGAAGCUCAGCUGGACUGGCCUGAACCAGCGAGGCAAUAACCCGUCGCCCAUAGUGACCUCCAAUUCAAUUGACGGCACGUACACAAUACACAGCACCCUCUGGGUCAACAUCAGCAAGGACCAGAGAGUCACCUGCCAUGUCACCAACCCCACUUCGCAAAAGAACAUUAACGCCUCCAUCAUCACCUAUGCCUCCUGUCAAGUCCCGCCAGACCACUACUUGAUUGAGAUAUGCUCAGCUGUCACUGUUGCAGUCACUUUAAUCAUCGUGGCGAUCUUCCUGUACAAAAGAAAAAGCCUUGUUUGUUCCCAUCCAGAUCUGUGUUGCAGGAAGGCUCAGGCCCCUACCACCUCAAACCAGGAAGAGGAGAAAAUUAAUAUGAAUGAAUAUGCCGGGGGGGACUCUGGUGCUGAACCAUGGAAGUGUCGAUGACCAUCCUCCAACAUUUCUUACCUCAGCAACUGUGCAUAUACUGAUCUCCUCUGUUCUAUACGCACAAACUGCUUCUGAUGAAGACAAGAGUUGGUCACAAAAAAACAGUUGUACAUGGUUGACCACAUUGGAGCAGUCAUUGUGUCUUGACACAUGAACAAGCCUUUCAGAGGGAAAUGGCUAUGGAUGGCAUUACACGCCGUUUUCCUGUUUUCUUCUAUCUGAAUUCAUAGGUUUCACCCAUGUGGAUAUUUCACGUUACCUGAUUGCAUGUCAAUAAUCUUAAAGAGUAACUGCACUGGCUCUUUCAACCUAGCUCCGCCCAUCUACACAAUUAUGAAAAAAGUAUUCUCCAACCAACCAGGCCUUGGCAGUUUUCCGUUUCGUAUUGGUCCGUAACAGUUGCCUUGCUGACUUUGAAAACAAGCCGUUAAAUUAAACUGACAAAUUUAUGGCCAUCAACAAUUUUCUGAUUGACGUCUACAUAUGACAUGUCACAAUUCGGGCAGGGCCGAGUCCACUGCAGAUUGCAUUUUACAAACUUCAAACAGAAGUCAUUUAAGAUGGCAUAUGAAAAGUUCUCAUUCCAUCACAAAAAUCAAAUUAACAAACUGUGAAUAAUGAACUUCUGAGUUCUCAUGAUAGUUACAAAGGGAAAGUGAUUUAAAAAAAUGUAAUUCUUUCUUUAAUUCUGGCAAAUGAAGAUUGUUCAGGUACAAUUUGUUUGGGAAAGGAUACCGUUAAGCACUUUAGUUGAGAGAUGCUGUAUUUGACUGCUGACCCCAGUAGUACUAGUUCUAUAAAGUAUGAAAAUUAUGUAGUAUGGAAACAUUAAAUAUUUUUGAAAUUUUUAAAAAUUUGGCUAAGAACUCCCUGGGACUCUUUCAUGAGUCCCCAAAGGUACUUCAAACCCAAUUUUAGAAACCCCUGUUUGCUCUAAAAAUGAAUAAGAGAGAGUGAUGGUGUGGGAUCCUUACGAUAUUGGCUGAGUAUCUCAGAAGCUACCUUGGAAAGUUUGCUCCUUCGCUCUGGAGUGGCGGAGUUUCCGCACGGGGACUCUACUGGAUUUGUGCGGGGCGGGGACACAGGGGCUUUACAUAUCUGGGGGAUACCAGCCCUGAGUCACUUACAGUACAGUUACCACCGCCGUGAUUCAGCCUUCCCAACUUAAAUUCACCAGGCCUGGAUCAGAUACAUCAUAGUUUUGUUUUCACUUGCUUUUCUGCACUUUACUGAGCUUGUCUGGUGUAUUGGAACCUAUGAAAUACUGUGAAAAAAUGCAAACCCCGAUUUGUGGUCCUCUUGGUUGGCUCAAUUGCCUCAGGCAAGAUCAAUUGAACGCGGAAAAGUAUUUCAAUCCAAACCAGUUGUGUAUCUGACCCAGGUCUGUUUCAGACUAUGAGGUGCAAUCCGUUGAACAAACACUGACAGGAUAAUCUUGGUCUUUAAGAAGGGAAAGCGGGGCUCUUGCAUUGCUCGAUCAGUAAAGGUGCUGAGUGGUUGCAGGAUUAAACGUGGGUGCCUCUGCUGUGCCAGUAUUAGGGCAUGACUGUAGAUCUACAGCAAUGAGCAGACCCAUACGUGUUCUGUUACCCUGUUACUGUGUACGAGGAUAAGCCAAGUUUCAGUUAUGCAUGAUUCCUUAGGUUACCACUGCAUUAGUUAAUCCUAAUGAUGUGUCAAGUGAUGGGCAAAAAUGCAUUCAUCAAAUAUAUUUGUAAUAUAAAAUAAAUGUAGCUGAAUGCUAUUAUAAAGUUUCUGCAUUUCUGCAUUAAAUACAAGACUUUGUAUUUAGAAAAUACAAAACUCUUAGGUUAGCAUUAGGUUUUGUUGUAGGACCACUUUGGGUCAUAUUUUUUUACAUGUAACUUUUUUCAGGUUAGCUUUCUGACUUUGUUAUCAGUUACCAUAGUCUCAUGUGGGGUUUGUUUGUCCAGAAACCCAAUAUUCACCCCACCUCUCCAUUUCAGCAACUGGUCCAACAAGAACUCUGCACUAUGGCAGUGUAUUACAAUGUUUGUACAAUGCAUUACUUGUUUGUAUCCCUUACCAUUGUAGCACUAUUAAACAUGUUAGAUUGAUGCUAGUGAAAUGUAAAAUUGUUGCACUCAGCCAUAACAAUAAUGAGAAAGAAAGCUGUGUAAAAUGAAGAGUUUAGCCCUCUGCACUAGCACUUUUUUGCUCCUUGCAAUUUUCCACUAAUACAUAUAUUUUUGAUAGAUAUCUGAGCCCGAAAGUAUAUGUGUUCACGACACGUUUCCUUUUUGAAACUUGUGAAAUUAAUCCAUGUUAUCAUAUUUCACAAGUACAAAUGCCACUUUUCUGAAUGAUUAAUAAUAGACUAAGUCAGCAGUGGAAAAAACAGUUUUGUUCUCAGAUUACAGAAGACAUGGAUGAUGUGAAAAAUGGAACUGAAAGAGGGCAACACAAAGGCUGUACAUAAAAAAAAAAUGUUUUUGAAGAUACAGAAAGCUAUUUGAAAUGCUUUCAAUUGAAAUACUGCCCAUCGCUUCCUACAGGCUUGCAGUGAAACUUAGUGAGAGAUGUAUGCUGCACUGACUCUUAAAAAAAAAGGCAGAAGGUUUUUCAUAUGCAGUAUUUUCAUAUUCCCCAUUCUUCAGCAAACAAAUUCAAGCAUGUGGUUGGAAAAGUUACUCAAAGAUUAGUGGGUGCUUGCAUCAGUUAUGACUGAUUGUCUAAUUUAUUACUGACAUCUACCUCUGAGUUGAACCUAUGCACAUGUACAGAGCUAACUUAUUUUUCCUCUUUGCUAACAUUUUUAUAUUUAUUAAAUGUGUAAAAUUUGGAUUUUGAUUUAAUUUCUCUUUGUGAAAUAAAGCUUCUGUGUAAAAUUCA